CAUAAAGCGUGCGAGGUGCUUUACUGUCAGGUUAUCUAAAAGGAAAUUCUUAGCUUCUCCAUAAUUUACAGUUGACAUUGUUGCAGCAGUACACUGUGUCAAUCAACAUGGAUGCUUUUCAGAUUAAUGGAAAUGUUAAUGGAGAUGGCAAGGGGCAUGUGUUAUUAACUGGAGGAGCAGGAUAUAUAGGAACAACUAUUGUACCCAUGUUAUUGUCUGCUGGAUAUGAAGUAACAGUCUUUGACAAAUUUCUGUGGGGAAUCAAACCAUUAUUAUUUAUCUCUUCACAUCCUAAAUUGAACAUUGUUAAAGGAGAUAUAUGCAAUCCAGAAGAAUUGAAGACAGUGAUUAAAGGAAAGAUUGGUAUUAUCCAUUUAGCAGCUGUCGUAGGUUAUCCUGCUUGCGAUAAAAAUCCAGAUUUAGCUGUGACCACAAACAUUAAUGGUACUGGUAAUAUCACCCAACUGAUGGAACCUCACCAAAAACUGGUAUAUGCCAGUACUGGAUCAUGUUAUGGUGCUGUGGAUGGUAUGUGCACAGAAAACACACCCAUUAGUCCUAUUUCAUUGUAUGGAAGCAGUAAAGCUGGAGGAGAAAAGAUUGUCUUGCAAGCUGGAGGCGUUGCGCUGAGAUUGGCAACUGUAUUUGGUGUCGCGCCACGACUUCGUUUGGAUUUAUUAGUCAAUGAUCUAACAUUCAAGGCCCUUAAAAAUAAAAGUUUUGAUUUGUACGAGGGUCAUUUCCGUCGCACAUUCUUACAUGUGAAAGAUGCUGCCAGGGCCUUUAUUUUUGCAUUGGAAAACUAUAAAUUGAUGAAGGGUGAAGCAUAUAAUGUUGGUGAUGAAAAAAUGAACUAUACGAAGGCUGAAGUGGCCCAGAUAAUCCAGUCUAAAGUCCCGUCUUGUGAAAUAACAACAAACACAGAUGGUGAAGAUAAAGAUAAAAGAGAUUACGAAGUUAGUUAUGAGAAAAUACGAAAUUUAGGAUACAGAUCAACAAUAUCGGUUGAGGAAGGUAUCGUGGAUUGCCUUAAAAUAUUACCCAUGCUGAAAGAUGAGGAAUUGGUCAAUUGCAAAAAUAUAUAACAUAUACAUAAAUAAGUAUAUACAUGUAAAUAUUAAGUAAGUGGUGUUAAGCAUACCUCAGUGUUAUCUUUUGGUAUAUCUUUUUUUUCACAUAUUUCUCUUUUCAGACAUAGUAAUUUAACACAGAUAAUUCGUCUGAAAUAGGAAACUUUUGGUUUAUUGUUAGCUGUAUGCCUCUGCCCUAUAAAGUGAAGACUGUGGACCAAGAUUUCUAAUGAUUUCGAGGCCAGAGGUCAUUUAACAUAAAGGGGCCAUGUACCUAUAAUUUAAACAUACAUUAUGCAAGAGCUAAAUCUGCCUAUUGCAAGUCUUUCUUUAGGCCUGAAAUGUUAUCUAAAUUAUUAAUUAGACAUUAAUUAACUGAUCCAGGCCAUAAUCAACUCUCGAUGGCAUCAGAUUUCUCCGAUAUUAAAUAGAUUAGAAAGGUUCAGCCAUAUUUUGAUUUAAUUUAAAAAUGGAGGAGCGAGACAUAGCUUUGAAUAACCAGUAUGGUGGUUGAAAUCUUUAAAAUAGAGAGAAAUUGGGUUUAACGUCCACUCGACACAAACCAGGUCAUUUCAGGACUAACAUAUGGUUCAAUUUUAUUUCAAUAAUUCGCUUGCGCGUAGGGAUCUUUAGCAGUGGAAGGAAACGGAGAACCCGGAGAAAACCCACGAGGUUGGACGUGCGACCCUACUCCUUGUCACGUACAGUUUGAAAUAUGCAAAUUAUUUUCCAUUUUUAGCUAAAACAAUUCUGUCAUUUGAAACAAUAACGAAGCAAUAACCUAAUUUGACUAUAAUGAAUAUAAUAUUUGUUGUGAUCGAAGCAGAGACAAUAUGGGCAGAAAUGAUCGAGGCUAAGUUAUAGACAGAUUUAUCCAGGCACAAGGUGAUUACUCUUCAAGAAGAUCAUCCCCGGACAACCAAAAUUUGGUAUUUCUUUACAAAGUAUCACAGUGCUUCAAGGUCCAAAAAAACUUUUUAUUCAUUGAAAUAUAUCUGGGAUUUCUCCUUUAAGUGGUAUUAAUACAUUGCAUAAUAAUGUAUAGAUAGGCUUUGUCAAUUGGCUUCUGUGCUAUUUGUAUUUUCAAUUCUAUAAUGCUCGGUCACCAUUAGAUGCAAUAAAUAAGUUGAUAAGAAGAUGUUAAUUUAUUAAAAUGAAUAGUAUUGUGGGGAAAACAAAAAAAGAAGUGCAAUUAUAAAUGUACAUAAAUAAUAUGCUACAGCAACACAAUAUAAAAGGGGGCUUAUGUUGUCUUUGCCGCGAGUUGCAGAAAGUUAAACAUGUGCAAUUGACUGCAACUAGUUGCUUUGAGUUGCCCCCAGUUGCGAAACAUCAUUUGCUUUCAGUUGAAAGGAUGACAUAAGCCCUCUUAAGCCAUUUGAAAGAUGUGGGGAUCAUACACUACAGAGUGUAAUAUCUUUACAUUCCCAGGUUAAAAACUUUUGUGCCAUAAUGACUUGAUAUACGUUUAGUAUAUUCAGCUAUAUACUGUUGAUCUCUGUAAUUUUUCCUUGUUUGUUGACAGUUCACUGAUUUAUUUUUUACAGUGCAGUAUGUAUCAUAACUGUAGAUGCCUAUACAAUGUAUUUUAUGACUAUAUUUUUAUCUAUGUUAAAUUUUACCAUACACUGCUUAAAAUAACGAUUGGUAUAAUGUCCAUUGGUUUUCUGCUUUAUUAACUCAAGGCAUUUAUAUGUUUUGUUAAUUAUAUAAUAACCCCAUACCCACAUAAUCAAUAAUUUGUUGUAAAUUUCAAAUAAGGGCGCUAACUCAUUUGCAUAACUGAAAUGUUCGAUUUUUUCUAAUUUAAAACAUAUUUUGUCUAAAAUAGUGGAGAAUACAAGAUGAAAUAUAUUAUAUAUAUUAUGUUAAACAAUGUUUCCAGCUUUGGUCUGAAGGAACAGCAAGGUAAUUUAAAUUUGGUAAUAUAUUGAGGGUCCAUUGAUUAAUUCUUUAUGUCUGUUUUUUCUGUCCUUGUUUUCUUUUAUGCAGUUGUCCGGCAUUGUUUAUAAGUUUUCAGUGGCUCUAGUUAAUAUUACGAAGCUGAGACUGUCUUUUAUAAAGGCUAUUCUUUUCUAUGCAUGGUUAUAUUUUAAAUAUGCCUAGUUUUCAAACAUUGCAAUUUGUUUAGAAGACCACAAGCCAAGAGAUACCUUUUCUUCUACAUCAGUGAAUUCAUAGAUAAUCAUAAGAAUAUAAUUAGGGUUUCACACUACACUGCGUUUCGCAUUUUAAUUUCCCAUUAGAACGUUUCAUCAGCUAACUUACUGGUAAUUUAGUAACCAAUUUUGUCGGGAUCACUAUUUUGACAUAUGUAACACAUGGUAACAAAUGGAUAAAUGUAACUGAUAUUGCGGGAUUUAGUUGAUUCUGCUUCUGUUUUAUAACACAUGUGCAAUGCUUGUGUGGAAAUCUGUUCAACGAUUGCAUUUGUCCAGGAAGUUACAUAUAAGUUCACGGGUAACGUGGCACCGAAAGUGACACAAGUUUAAGGGUAAUGUGGCACCAGUGAAGCCCGUCAUUACUGCAUCGCAGUUCUAGUUUCCAUAUUGAUGUGUUUAAAGAUACUUUCCUGUGUAUAAACUGUAUGAUUUGAUGAUAUAUUUGGAUUAAAAACAUAUUCAAACUUAUUAAUCUAUCAAAAAUUUGCUUCAAAUCCCUCUCAAAACUUUGUUUUCGCAGGGAGAUACCUCAAGCUAUAAAUUAACUGUUGUUAGAUGCCAUGUCACCUCAAUUCAUUGAGGGAGGGUCCAUUUUUCAGAAUGCAUUUUGCAUUACUUACUGUCCAUUUAUUAUACACAUUGAGGCCUAAGUAAAUUUUUAAUUAUUUUCUGUCAACUUUUUUUUCCACCCUUUAAUUGCAGAGUCUUUGUACGUUGACACCCCUCAAUGUUUCUAAAACCGCCUAACCAUUUGAUUAAGAAAUAACAACUGCUCCCUCAGUCAAGCUAGCACACAAUAAGUUGGCAGACAACAGUUGGGUUGCCAGUUAGUGAUACCCUGACAUUAUUGCCCAGUCCUUGCCCCGUGGGUGUUUUUCGGGUAAUCCAGUAUCUUUCUAUUAAGAUUGGGUGUCUUUACUGCCCAUAUAUACCAAAUUUCACAUACUUUUAUUGGAAAUAACCACCAGAUAAACACUUUCGGGACAAUGUAUCUUUAAAUGAUGAGGUGCUGCAUUUUGCUUUAGAAAAUUUAAUCUUAAUUUGCUGUAGAUUUGCUUCAAAUCCUUCUCAAAACAUUGUAUUCGCUAGGAAAUACCCCAAGCUAUAAAAAAUUUAUUAAAAGAAGUCAUGUUUGUGUCACAUGACUUGGCUGAUGUGGUACCUUAGCAAUGGGUAUGAAGAACUCAUUGCAUGUACAAGACAAUAUUGUCUUUAAUCCCUGUCCAUUUAUCAUAAAUACUGAAGCCUAAUUAAAUUCUCGGAUUAUCCAAUGUCCACAUCUUUUUCCGUGGUUUUUAUCUCAGAAACUGUUGUACGUUCAAGUCUCUCACUUUUUCCUAGUCCACUCUCCAUAUACAUCAAGCGCUCCCUAACACUGAGAGAUCAGACAACCUUCCUGUGCAACCUUUGAUGUUUCCUAGUCCACUCUCCAUAUACAUCAAGCGCUCCCUAACACUGAGAGAUCAGACAACCUUCCUGUGCAACCUUUGAUGUCACCGAAGCAGACAUCCCUAAUCGUCUGGUUGCCAGAUUAGGUAAACGCUCCAUUUGUGUUUUUCAGGGAAUCCAGCAUUGUUCUAGUAAGGUUGGAUGUUUCCACUUUCCAUACAUAACAAAAUUGUCAUACUUUUAUUGGAAAUAACCACCCGAUAAAUACUUUUGUAGGAAAGUAUCUUUAACCUUGAUUCUAUGCAAGCCUGAACAUUUUGUUGUAAUUUAUCAGCCUUUAAUCAUACUAAUUGUAGAAUAUGCAUGUUAUUUAGUAUAAAUAAUGCCCAUUAUUUAUAUCUCAAUAAUGUCACUUAUUGUAAGCAAACAUUAAUUUUGUUACCAACGUAUUCAAGAAUUAGAGUUUUCAAACAUUGUAUUUGAGAAAUGUUGAGUUUCUUUUUCAUUCACUAUGUUUGUAGAUAUGGCCAUAAUAUAGUAUAUUUUAACUCCACGCAUAGACUGGACAUGAUUGUUUUUUUUACAAAUUACUAACAAUAUUCUACUUUAAGGUACUUUAAUUGAAUGAAUGUUAAAUGUAUUGAACACUGUUUAAAGAAGUUAUCAUAUCAUAAAGAUGAGGAACUUAAAUUAUCACUGAUGUUUUUAAAUGAAUACCAUGAACCUUAUGCUGUAUUUUUUUAACAAUGUAUAAUUUUGCAUAGUUAAUCCUCGCUAAAAUGAUACCGUUAGAAUUAAUGCCUAAUAAAUGAAAUGAAUAUUUGAAAUAUUAUAUUUGAUCAUAUUAGCCCACCAACCAAAAAGGCUUAUGUUGUCAAAUUUGUCCAUCAACCGGUCGACUUAAAUAAUUAAGUCAUUUUUUACUUUUCCUGCUAAAACUUUUGAUGGAUUUCAACGAUUCAACUGGGUAAGAAUGUUGCCAGGGUGGUCUUUAUUCAGAUUUGUUCCAGGUGAUUGCCCCCAUGGAAAAAAAUAUUCUUCUAAGAAUGGCUGAAUGGAUUUUUUUGUAAUUUGGUAGAAAUUAUCCUUUAAUAAUCCAAUUAGGGGCUGAGAAGGACAGAGGUGCCACAGACUGGGACAGAGUGCCAAUUUUAGCAAUUUUGACUUAUUAUCUCAAGUGCUUAGUGGAUUUUGAUAAACAUGGGUAUGCAUGUUGUAGUUAUUAAAGGUUGUUGAAAUGAAGUUGCUUAAAUGGUGGUAUAGAAUGGAGGGCUCGGCAGGCAAAAAGUGUCUAGUCUUGUGGAUGGCACCAUGGACCUUAUAAUACAUUAUAAGGUCCAUGAUGGCACAAAAAAUAAAGUCCACCUGUGCAGUGUGCACUCUUGGCAUGCAUUUAAAAUAACAUUUGGCAGUGUGAAUUUACUAACAUAAGGUCUGUAUUGUAAAUUACUGAGUAGCAAGCCAAACUGUGACACCAGUAUAAUGCACUAUUUAUACAGAGUUGUAUUAGCCCACUUUGAGAGGAUUUAAUUCUAUGUUAAUCUUGUUUGACUUAAAUCACCAUGUGCAUUGGGUUGGCUCUAAGGGUUUAACAGAUGAUUAGUUUAUACAUUUGUUCUUCUUGUUCAAAAAUAAAGAAGGACCUUAAUUUUAAAAAAAAAUCCAUCCAUAACAUAUAUUUUUGAGAAACCAUUAAUUUUUCUGUUAUUGUGAGUAUUCCUGUAUUAUAAAUCUGUUGUUUAUAUUUUGUAUAUUGAUAUGUAAUGGGUUUUUAGUGUUAACAAAAAUACUUGUAUAAGAAUUUUUGAUUUAAGGAAUAUAUUUUAUGAGGGAUUUUAUUAAUCGGUUUUUCAUAAUGUUAACCCUUUCAAACUGAAAACAUACUGAAUAAAGGUGCAAUACUCCCAUAAGUUUGACCCUCAAAUUUUGUACCAUAUAUAUCACUGUUUUAGGUCAUGUUCUCACUAAAUCAUAUCGCUGAAUAUUUAACCGUACAUGAUUCAUAUGUCAAUCAGUACAUGUCAUAUUAAUUCAUCGAAGUUGUUGGAUCAGAAUUUAAUAACACAUCAACUUUUAUCAAGUGACUGAGUUAUGUGCAAAAAUAUUUAAUUAUGGUUAUGGUAUGUGUACUUUUUAGUUAUUGUAUAUAAAAAUAUCUGGGCAAUUGGUUGAAAAGGCUAAAAUUUGGAAAUUUAAAUGGACAUUCACCUAAUGAACAGCAACAUCAA